GGAUAUAAAGAGAAUGUAGUCGGCAUGAUCAUCGACAGUCUUCUUUCGUCGUGGUGAUCUCGAGGCUGUGUCGCGCAGUUUAUUUCUUUAUUUUACUUACAUUUUGAAACUCUUCCAUCAAUAUUCAUCAAUUAAUAAAAAGAAAAUGAACAUAUAUCCUAGAUGGCUUAUUCAAUUGAUCCUGACUCUAUUGAUCAUCGAAUCAACCCAAUCUCAGGAAACGAAUUGUAUAAAUCCCAUAAAUCUACCAGGACAAUGUAUGAAUAUUAGAAGUUGUUCACCACUGUUAGAAUUACUCAGAAGUUAUGGUACUUCUGUGAGUGAUUUCUUACGGAAUUCCCUGUGUGGUUUCGAUGGCCGAGACCCAAAAGUAUGCUGUCCAAUAAGUGAAAGUAAUUCCAAUGUAAAUCAUGAAUUCCCGACAACACCGUCACCACCACGACCCACACUACGAAACUCAUCAUAUGGUCCACUACUUGCACCUCAAUGUGGAAGUUCUAAUGGUCCGAUACCAAAAGUUGUUGGUGGAGUACCAGCAGCACUUGGUGCUUGGCCUUGGAUAGCUGCUUUGGGCUAUCGAUCUACUAAACAUCCAAAUCGACCAUCAUGGCUUUGUGGCGGAACUUUGAUAUCCUCACGUCACGUUCUGACGGCUGCACAUUGCGUUUAUCAACGUCGAGACCUAUAUAUCGUUCGUCUUGGUGAUCUUAAUCUUGACGAUACCGUUGAUGAUGGAGCUAAUCCAGUUGAUAUUUUAAUCGAUACAGCUACUAUUCAUCCGGACUAUAGUCCUACUCAUUAUACCAAUGAUAUUGCCAUGAUAAAAUUACAACAAAACGUGCAAUUUACUCCAAAUUUGCAGCCGAUAUGUUUACCAUUUGUGAAUGAGCUUAUCAACAAAGACUUUGUCUAUAGUGUACCUUUUAUUGCUGGUUGGGGAUCAGUUUAUUUCCGAGGGCCAAGUGCUUCAGAUUUACAGCAGCUUCAGUUGCCCGUAAUUGAACCAGAAAGAUGCGUAAAUGCUUUCAAACGAUUUAAAACUGCAGUAAUUGAUAAUCGUGUUAUGUGUGCUGGUUAUGCUAAAGGUGGCAAAGAUGCGUGUCAGGGAGACAGUGGCGGGCCUCUGAUGUAUCCAGUAGGAAGAGCGUUUUAUAUUAUCGGUAUUGUGUCUUAUGGAUAUCGAUGUGCUGAGCCCGGAAUACCAGGAGUAUAUACAAGAGUGGGAGCGUUUGUCGAUUUUAUAACAUCUAAUUUAAAUUAAAACUGACCAUUGAGCCUUAGAAAAUUUUUCAACGACUAAAAUUUAUAUUCAAAUAUAAUUGCUAUGUGUUAUUAAACAAAUCACGAAAGUAAUAAUAAAAUAUAGUUAUUAAUGUUCGACUAAAAGUAUAAAUAUAUUAAUAUAUUUAUAUUAUUAUUUUUUUGUAACGAUUUAUGCUUCUUAUGAAAAAAUAUAAUUGCAAAAUUUAUUGAUAAAAAAAAAAAACAAGUUUAAUAAUUGUAAAAGCUAGUUUUAUUAUUAAUAAUAAAUAGGCUUUGUUUUUGCAUGACUGUCUUAAAAAAAAAAUGCUUUUAUAAAUAAUUUUAUAGUAUCUUAGUAUUAAUUACAUAAUAUGUUCUAGAUACACUUAAUAAUUUAUUUAAAUUUUUAUUUUAAUCUUUUAUUAAAAAUUUUUUUAUCUAUAAAAUGUUUAAAAUUUAUUUAAGUAAAUAAAAGAUUAAUUAUGAC